AGCCGUAACAGUUCCUAGUAGCGUUCUCGGAACUUUGGAAGAGUUUGUCGUAUUUGGGCUACACCCGCCGGGCCCGUCGAGUCGUGUUGAUCCUGUCACAUGUCUCUCCUUAUCCCCCACCACAUUUUUAGCCAUCUAG